GAGACGCUGCGUGGCUCCGGUGUAAAAAAUCUGUGGAUAUCCGGGGAGAUCAUAUUUAUCUUGCUGCUUUUCUGUUGAUUCAUCUUUUUGUGGUGCAAUGGAGAACAAAAGAUUUUGGCCUUUCCGCCGCGGCCUCGUUUUUCUUUUCCUUUUCCUCCACCCCGCCAACGGAGACGUCAGCUACUCCAUCCCAGAGGAGAUGAAACGUGGAUCUGCAAUCGGGAAUAUCGCCAAGGAUUUGGGACUAAAUUUGGGCCAGUUAUCUGCUCGUAAAGCGCGCAUCGAUGGGGAAGACGACAACGUCCAACACUGCGGCAUCAACCUCAACACUGGCGACUUGGUUGUUCAGGAAAGGAUCGACAGGGAAGAUCUUUGUGGCAAAAAGGCAUCGUGUGUUUUAAAGCAGGAACUUGUCCUGGAAAACCCAAUGGAACUGCACCGUGUUAAUAUCCGUGUUGUCGACAUUAAUGAUAAUUCACCACAUUUUAUUGAAGAUUCACUCAAAUUUGAAAUCCAAGAAUCAGCGGAUAAGGGUGCACGUUUUCUUCUCGGAGAAGCACACGAUGCAGACAUUGGAGAAAAUGCUGUUCAAAGCUACACUUUGCAACAGAAUGAUCAUUUUAAGUUAAAUGUAAAUACAAAACCAGGUGGGCGAAAGUCCUGUGAAUUGGUCUUAGACAAAGAAUUGGACAGAGAAGACAAAACAGACAUGAUGCUCUUGCUGACCGCCAAUGAUGGCGGCUCCCCUCAGAGAUCAGGAACAGUCGUCAUCCACGUCACCGUUUUGGACGCGAAUGAUAACGCGCCCGUAUUUAGUCAGGCGGUCUAUGAAUCAAGUCUGGCAGAAAAUUCUCCUGUUGAUACUUUGGUGAUCACAGUGAGCGCGAGUGAUGCAGACGAAGGAAUAAAUAGCGAAAUCACAUAUGCGUUACACGUUUCUGAUGAUGAUAGUAAGCGGGUCUUUGCUUUGCACCCCAAAACUGGUGACGUCAAAGUGGUUGGUGUCGUUGAUUAUGAGAAAGUAUCGUCUUACGAAAUGCAAAUCAGCGCUAAAGAUGGUCUUGGCUUAGUUUCUUAUUCAACUUUAAUCAUUGACAUCACAGAUGUGAAUGACAACGCCCCAGUUAUCAAUAUCAAGUCGCUGACCGAUGCGGUGGCGGAGAACGUGCCGCCUGGCACCGAGGUGGGCAUCGUUCACGUGCAGGACAGAGACUCUGAGCAGAACGGGCAGGUCCGCUGCUCCGUCCAACAAGACGUCCCCUUCCGCUUAGUUCCUUCCAUCAAGAACUAUUAUUCUCUGGUGACUAGCGGCCAGCUGGACCGCGAACUGGUGUCCGAUUACAACAUUACAAUCGGCGCCAGCGACGAGGGCUCUCCUCCUCUGUCCUCCCGGAAAAGUCUUCACCUGUCCGUCGCCGACGUCAACGACAACCCGCCCGCGUUCGAGCGGGAGUCCUACAGCGCCUACGUGAGCGAAAACAACAAAGCCGGCUCGGCUUUGUGUCGGGUCGGCGCUCGAGACCCCGACCGGAGACAGAACGGCACGGUGGUUUAUUCUCUGUCGGCGGGCGCGCAGGUGAACGGCGCCCCGGCGUCCUCCUACGUGUCGGUGGACGGAGACACGGGGGCCGUCCGCGCCGCUUGCUCGUUGGAUUACGAAGACCUGAGGAGUUUUCGAGUCCACGUGGUGGCCAGAGACAAGGGUUCUCCUCCGCUGAGCAGCAACGUGAGCGUCAGCGUGUGGAUAUGGGACGUGAAUGACAACUCUCCUCAGAUACUGUACCCCGCCCCGGAGGGCGACUCCUUCAUGACCGAGCUGGUCCCCAAAGCUGCGCACGGAGGCUCCGUGGUGUCCAAAGUGAUAGCGGUGGACGGCGACUCCGGACAGAACGCCCGGCUGUCCUACCACAUCGUCAAGGCCACGGAUCCGGGACUUUUCACCAUCGGUCUCCACAGUGGAGAGAUCAGGACCCGGCGGGACAUUGGCCAAUCUGACAGCAUGAAACAGAACCUGAUGGUGGCGGUGAAAGAUAACGGACAGCCCCCUCUCUCCGCCACCUGCUCCGUGUAUUUACUCCUUUCCGAUAACUUGGCCGAGGUGCCGGAACUGAAGGACGUUUCCUACGACGAGCGGGAGAAGAAUUCCAAAGUCACCUCGUAUCUGCUGGUGGCGCUGGUGUCCGUGUCCACCUUCUUUCUGACCUUCAUGGUGGCGGUCCUGGCUGGGAGCUUUUGUCGCAGGAGAAAGCCCAGACUGUUGUUGGACGGAGCGGUCGCCGUCCCCGGCGCGUAUCUCCCUCCUAAUUACGCCGAUGUCGACGGCGCGGGAACCUUACGCGGCGCCUACGACUACGACGCCUACUUGACGACGGGCUCCAGGACCAGCGACUUCAACUUUGUGCGUUCUUACGACGACGACACGCUGCCCGCGAAGAGUCCCGGCGACUUCGAUGACGAGCUUCGCGAUUCUUUCGACCCUCUUGAGAGCUCAGCUUUGCCUUGGCGGAGGAGAUGAGACCCGGAUCCAUUGUUGGGAAUAUUGCCAAGGACCUCGGACUCGAAGGACGGGCGUUGAUCUCUCGUAAGGCCCG